AUGUCAACAAACGCCCGAAUGGAGCCGGCUGUGCUUGUAUCUUCACUCGACGACGAUGGUUCAGAUCCUCGUGCUAAGGAAAAUACUGGAUAUGGCGUAGACGAUAUCGCCUUUGCGUCAUUAUCCUUGUCUGUGCCGGUUCUCCCCCCAGAGAUUCUGCAUUUAAUCUUCCGAUAUCUAGUUCCUGCCAAAACCACCUUGUACAAUCUUUGCUUGGCUUCUAAACAAUUUAAGGAUAUUGCGAUCGAAUAUUUAUAUCGUGGGGAAGUGAGGUUGCAUUUUGAUCAGGAUGUGCACCCGGAAAUGGAUCUUGAUCAUUUUCUCAGCCUACCGGAUACCGAAUCCAAGACCAUCAAGGGCCUAUUUAUCUCGUCAUUCCCUGAAAGACCGUCCCGCCAAACAGUGAAGGCAGAAAUCAUGGCGGUGAAGCUCAAAAAUUUCCUGCUCAAGCUUCAGCCGGAUCAAUUGGACACAUUCGUACUCAACGGCUGGGGGAUAGAUAAUUAUCUUCAGUACUUCCCAGGAGAACCGUUCCUGCGACAACAAACGGGGAUACGAAAAGUUUGUUUGCCUUUAGCUUCCCUCUUCUGGUCGCAGGGAGCUUCUGAGAGGGUGCUCACACCGGGAAUAUUUCCAAAUCUCGAGUCUUUGUACGUCAGUGACAUGUGCUAUCUUAGCCAUAUUCGAGACGUCUGGACCAUCAUCGAGGACAAGGGCGAAACACUCAAAUCCUUGGCCAUACUCUGUCCGUUGGGAAGUCAACUGAAAAGCUUCUUAGGAUAUCCGGAUAUGUUCUCAAACCCAUACACUUUCCUACAGAUCGAAGUCGCGCUGAAGGUGCUACGUGAUCUUUACAUUUACGGCUUUCCUAACCUUGGUAGAUUUCUCAAUGAUUGUGCCAGAAAUUUAAUUGAUUACAAGAUUCUCAGAAGCUUGCGUUUGGAACAGUGUCCAAGAAUAGAAUCUCUACUCCAAACGAUCUGCAAUAUUGAAGAGAUGCCGAGUCUCAAGUCUCUCCAGCUUAUCGAAACCUGCUCGCCAGAAACAUUUGAAACGAUAAUACCGAGGCUCUCACCUCUUGAAACUCUCUACAUAAUCUUUCCGCGGGAGCAAAAUUUGCCGAAGUAUGAUAUGAUUAAGUACUAUCAUAGUAAAACCCUAAGAAGGGUAUGGAUCGAACAUAAAAACUCGAGCUACGUUCUGGACAACACGGUACGAACCAUAAAGUUCAAAUUGCCGCCCGAUAACGGUUACGACGGUUUCUUUCUCACGAGCUGGCCCCUAUUAGAGGAAGUGGCCCUGGGUAUUGAUUUAGUGAGGGAUAAUAGACCCAUUAUCUUGCCAGAAAACCUGAGAGUUCUCCGGAUCGUGGGCACUCCGAGAUUCGCGAAUGGGGCCUUAUAUGAACCGGCAAGGGAUGCCCUUGCAAUCGCAAAGAAACACGUCUAUCAUACGAGCAUCAAAAACAAGCAACCUAGGCUUGCAGUGAUAGCCUUUUUCACGCUUAUUCCACCUCCUAUAUACGUAACUGCUCAGCAUCCCAUAAUAUACCUCGUGGACUAUGUUAGAGAGGAAGAUAAAUUGAUCCCUAUCCUAAGGCUGACAGAUAUCGGGGCGGUUAGGUGGCUCUUUCCUGAUAUGAAGAUUAUGGAAUUUGAGAGAAGGGAUAAACCCUGGGCGGACGAUGAUGGGUCCCUGUGGUAG